AUGGGCCCCCUCGAGAUCCUGUCCGCCAUCUUCGGCUGGGUCUACUUCCUCUGCUGGUCCGCGUCCUUCUACCCGCAGCCGGUGCUCAACUGGGGACGCGCCUCGACCUCGGGGACGACGGUCGACUUUCCCUUUCUCAACGUCAUCGGCUUCGCGGCGUACUUUGCCUCCAACGCAGCCUUCUACUACUCGCCCACGAUCCGCGCCCAGUACGCCGCGCGCCACAACGACCUCACGCCCACCGUCGCCUUCAACGACAUCGUCUUUGCCCUGCACGGCCUGAUCCUGAGCGUCAUCACCGCGAGCCAGUACCUCCUCGCCAAGUCGCUGUGGGGGUUCCCGCCCAGCGUGGGCGCCCGACCGAGCCGUCUCGCGCUGGGCAUCGGCAACGGGUGCGUCGUCGGCGUGCUCCUCACCGUUCUCAUCGUCGCGACGGCGCCCUACGACGACCACCCGGCUCGCGCUUGGUGCGCGCUCGACAUUGUCUACGCCGUGGGCUACGUCAAGCUCGUGGUCACGCUGGUCAAGUACGUGCCGCAGAUGCUGGCCAACUGGCGCAACAAGAGCACCCGCGGCUGGAGCAUCUGGCAGAUCCUGCUCGACUUCUCGGGCGGCGUCCUCAGUAUCGCCCAGCAGGGCAUCGACAGCUGGCUGCAGGGCGACUGGAGCGGCAUCACGGGCAACCCCGUCAAGUUUGCGCUGGGCAACGCGAGCAUGGUGUACGAUGUGAUCUUCAUGGUGCAGCACUAUGUGCUGUAUCCAGGUGGCAAGGCGGACCGCGACCAAGACGGGGACAGCAGGGGGGAGCAUCGGCGUCUGAUGGACGAGGAGAGGCGGAUAGUCUGA